AAAUGAAAUAAGAUAAAACACUCUCUCCUCAUGCGAACAACACUCUUCCUUUCUCUACACUUCUCAGUGAAGCAACUCCCACUUGCUAAAAUCUCUCCCAACGAAUAGGUGUGUGCAAAAAUGUGUUCAAGUAAUCGUCGUGGUAAUAAUGUUAAUGAAGACGAUGAUUUUGAGACCCCUGUUGCUCCUCUUAAACAGGAAAGCAUUAGAAGUACCUGCUCGCAGGCGAAGCAAACUGUUAAAUCUGUUAAGGCCAGCAAGAGAAAGGCUAAGAACGACGAUGCAAAUGAUAAGUUGAAAAAUGAAAAGGUUCUUGCUCUAGCCGAAAAGAAGGUUGGUGAGUACUAUCUAGAAGCUGAUGAACAUUUUCAAACCAGGAUUAGUUUUCAUACAAACACAGAGAUUGUCGACGAUUGCAGAUGAUACUUGACUGAAACACAACAACAAAUGUUUCGGGAUAGUUGUUUUGGCUACUUCCUCGACCUGCCUCC